AUGGACGGUGGCCAGACCUCGACCAGCGCCGCCCCUGCCGGCAACUCCAGCGAUUUUGUACGGAAACUCUACAAGAUGCUGGAGGACCCGUCCUAUGCGGAAAUUGUGCGAUGGGGUGAUGAAGGAGACAGCUUCGUCGUCUUGGAGUGCGAGAAAUUCACAAAGACUAUUCUGCCGAAGCACUUCAAACACAGCAACUUUGCCAGUUUCGUGCGACAACUCAACAAGUACGAUUUCCACAAAGUGAGGCAGAACAACGAGGAGAAUGGACAGUCGCCUUAUGGGCAAAACGCGUGGGAAUUUAAGCAUCCCGAGUUCAGAGCGAACAGCAAGGAUUCGCUCGACAACAUCCGCCGGAAGGCUCCCGCCCCGCGCAAACAGACCCAGACCGCCGACGACUCAGUCCCCACACAACAGAUCGAUCUCUUGAACCAACAGAUCGUGGCACAGCAACAACAGAUCCAGCACUUGUCAGACCGCUAUGCGCAACUGACUGUCGAUCAUCAGUUGAUGUUGCAGGAAGUGAUGCGAGUCCAGAAAACGGUCCUCAACCACGAAAGUGUCAUUCACCAGGUCAUGAACUACCUACUCUCCGUCGACGCCCGUCAGCGGCGGGACAGCAAGGCGGCUGCGUCUUUCCAGGCCCAGGGUCAAGCAGGCUCGACCCUCAGCCCUUCCCAGGUGGCUACAAUGGACGACGAGCCUUCUUCGCCCUUGCAGCAGGCCACCAAACUCUUGAAUGAUAUGAACGCGGAGAUUCAGUUUAACCUCGUCGGCCUCGACGGGGUUGCUGAUCCGUCCAAGGCUGCCGGGGCGGUUGUACCUGCCCCUGGCAUGGAUGGCGCCUCACGCAAUGGCGUGGUGCGCGCACCUGCUGCGGCAGCAAACCCAGCAUUGGUGUACUCGAAGAUGAACGGUGACGUCGAGCCCGUGGUUUAUCCCGUUGGUGCGACCAAUGGCAUUGACCCCAUGUACGGCGAGCAUGUCAAGAAUGUUCCUUACCCAAUGCCGAAACAAGAGGUCGACGACUCUCGGAGACAACAAGUUCAGCAGGUUCAACAGGUUCAGCAAGUCCAGCAAGUACAACAGGUUCAACAAGUUCCCGACAACCGCAAGAAGAGCGCAAAUGUCGAUCCUGGCUGGGCCCGCAGCCCUCGUAUCUUGCUUGUGGAAGACGAUCAGACGUGUCGUCAGAUCGGCGGAAAAUUCUUAUACUCAUUCUCUUGUAUCAUCGAUACCGCGCUCGAUGGAUUAGAGGCCGUGACGAAAGCCCAGGCCAACCCUGGAUAUGAUUUGAUUCUCAUGGAUAUCAUUAUGCCUAAUCUAGAUGGUGUCUCCGCAACGCAUCUCAUCCGCCAGUUUGAUAGGACUCCUAUCAUAGCCAUGACCUCCAAUAUCAGGAGUGACGAUAUCCAGCUCUAUUUCCAGCAUGGCAUGGACGAUGUCCUUCCCAAACCAUUCACGCGAAAGAGUCUUCUCGAUAUGCUUGAGAAGCACUUGUCCCAUUUGAAAGUCGCAUCGCAGAAUAUAGAAACUCCUCAGCCAGCCGUUCCUGUCACGAUGGCUGCUCAGAGCUCCGCCGCACAUUCGAUCAAAGAGGAUAGCUCUCCAGGCCAGUCACCGGCAACAUCGGUGAACAACUGGCAGUCACCGGGCCAGUACCAAGGCAUGGCCGCUGUACCUCAUAGCAUGCAGCCUGUCCCGAGUCAGUAUGUUCCCACGACCCCGGGUCCCGCUGCAUACGCCGUUGAUCAAAACGGCGUUCAAUAUGCCACUCCCGCUGUGGCCCUUGCCCCAGCAGCACCCGCUGCUCGGCCACAGGUACGACGGCAACUUUCAGAAAUGUCGAGUGCGGGUGAAAACCCGGGCAUGGCCAAGAGGCCGCGGAUGUACGCACAUCCAAGCCAGCCUAUCGUCAGUUCCAUGCAGGCCACACGAACUGGCUAG